AGGGUGUAGAAAGCAAGCAACGCCACAUUUCAUUUUAUUUGAUCCAUCCCAGUUAAUCGGAGCCCCGAGUCAACCAUUUACGGACCCGUUCUUCUCCGCACACGUACGUAUUUCUUCUACUGUGACCUGUGAAGCAUGACUAUGGCUGCAACCGUAAGAACCGUACUUUCCUUUGCUCGUUCCACUUCAACCUCUUUUCACAAUCCAACUCAAAUUUCAAACUCUCUCUAUUUUCUCUCUUCUUCUCAUCAGAAUUUCUCUACUUCAUCUUCUUCUUCCGAGGAUGAUUUUGGAGUAAUCAGUGAUGAUAAAUUUAAGAAAUGGAAAAACGGAGGUGGCGUUUUCCAUGAAUCAGCUUGCAUUGACUCCACAGCUUUUCUAGAUGUUGGUGCUGUUGUUCAUUCGGAAUCUGUUGUUGGUUCAAAUGUUCGUAUUGGUUCUGGAACGGUUGUUGGUCCUUCCGUUGUCAUUUCUCAUUCAGUUAAAAUUGGGUUUAACGUCUCACUUAGUAAUUGCAGUAUAGGUGAUUCAUGUAUAAUUCACAGUGGAGUCUGCAUUGGCCAGGACGGGUUUGGAUUUUAUGUGGAUGGUGAUGGUAAAAUGAUAAAGAAGCCUCAGAAGCUGAAUGUCAUAAUAGGGAACAAUGUUGAAAUUGGUGCAAAUACAUGCAUUGACAGGGGCAGCUGGAGAGAUACAGUUAUUGGGGACAACUCGAAGAUAGAUAAUUUAGUUCAGAUUGGUCACAAUGUAGUUAUUGGGAAGAAUUGUAUGCUUUGUGGACAAGCUGGGAUUGCAGGCUCAGCAACGAUAGGAGAUUAUGUUACUAUGGGAGGAAGGGCAGCAGUGCGAGAUCAUGUAUCAAUUGCAUCCAAGGUUCGGCUUGCUGCAUUAAGUUGCGUAACCAAGGACAUUACAGAACCAGGGGACUAUGGUGGCUUUCCAGCUGUUUCUAUUCACAAAUGGCGGAGACAAGUUGCCAGCGGUUUUGCAGUUAGGGGAGUCUGAGUACUCAAAUCUUGAAAGGCGAAUGGAUCAUCUCCAAUUUUUUCCUCUCAUAUAUUCUACUAUACUGUUAUCAAUAUCAACAUUAAAUUUCUUUACUCUUACUUCUCUGUUAAAAAUUGAUCAUCCUAGAUUUUUCAUGUCAAUAGAGAGAAUCUAUUUUCGAAA